CCCCGGGGGACAGAGAGGGGACUCUCCCAGCCCCGGACACUGGGAGCCGGCCGGGAUGGUGCUGCGGAGCGGGCUGCUCGAGGUUCGGAGCCCAGAGCCGGAGCCCGAGCGCUGGCGGCGGCUCCUCGCCUCCUUGUCCGAGGACUCGCUGCGGCUGAGCCCGGCCGGAGCACCCACCGGACACGGCCUGAGUAACGGGGACAGCGAGCCGCCGCUGCCGCCCCCAGCUCCUCUCCAGGCGGACUCGGAGCCCGGCUCCGGCCGCAAGCGCACGGUCCGCAUCGUGAAGCAGGAGGCGGGGGGUCUGGGCAUCAGCAUCAAGGGCGGCCGGGAGAACCAGAUGCCGAUCCUCAUCUCGAAGAUCUUCCGCGGACUGGCGGCCGAUCAGAGCGGGGAGCUGUUCGUGGGAGACGCCAUCCUCUCGGUGAACGGCACCGACCUCCGGGAAGCCUCGCACGAUCAGGCGGUACAGGCGCUCAAGAAAACCGGCAGGGAGGUGCUGCUGGAAGUGAAGUACCUGAAGGAAGUGUCUUCGUAUUUCAAGAACACCUCAGUGGGCUCUGCCCAGAGCUGGGAUUCCUCGUCCCCCCCGGGGAGUGGGGGUAACUCUCCAGCUGGUCUGUAUUCCCCCCCACACGGGGACCUGGAGCAGGAGAAGACCAUCCCCUUGAAAAUGUGUUAUCUCCGUAGGAAAGUCCGAGCUCCGGACCAAGAGAAGAGGUACAUUGACCUCUCGUCUGCUGACGGAAAGUCCUCUGUGUCUCUGCGGCUGAAGGAUAGUGCCACUGCCCAGUCAUGGUUCAGUGCCCUUCACGGUAAUGCCGGUGCCCUCCUGCCCAUGGUCAAAGCUGAGAUGAGAACCCUGGCUGGGAACUCGGGUGUAGCUGGCAGUAAAGAAAUUAAACACGUGGGCUGGCUGACCGAGCAGGUAUCUGGUGAUGUGGAGAAACCUAUCCUGGCCAUUCUCACUGAGAAGGACUUGCUGCUGUACAACACUUUACCACAGACUAGAGAGAGUCUGAACAGCCCCAGCUCCAGGCACCCCCUCAUAGCAACCAGGUUGGUUCACUCGGGUCCUGCCAAGGGCUCCCUGUUGGCAGACUCCUCCGAGCUGUCCUUUGUUCUGAGAGCGGGCACCCCACUUGGCGUGGAGACCCACCUGUUCUGUGCAGAGCUCCAGUCGGACCUGUCCGUGUGGACACGCCUGCUGGUCGAUGGCUGUCACAGCGCUGCAGAGCUCAUCCAGGAGGUAGUCACAGCAUGUACCUGGAAUGGCCAGAGCUGUAAACUCACUGUGCACUUGGACAAAGGCUUCACCAUCUACCAGGACGCUGCUGAGGUGGGCAGACCCAAGGUUCUCCUCAGCCAACCCUUUGAGAAACUUCGCAUGUCAUCUGAUGAUGGGGUCAAAGUGCUGUUCCUGGACUUUGGGGGCCCUGAGGGGGAGAUUCAACUCAACCUACAGUCGUGCCCGAAAACCAUUGUCUUUAUCAUCCACUCAUUCCUGUCAGCAAAGGUGACUCGCCUUGGUCUCCUGGCCUGAGGAUGAACUCUGACGAUAGAUUGUGAGGACGAGUCGGGUGGAUGGAAUGGAGAUUCAAUUGGAUCAACUGACCAACAAUGCACGCAAUGAACGCAAAUUAAUACUUCAUUGGAAGUUGUGUUUUUAAUCUGUGACAGAAGUUACAUUUCCCUUUUGCAUAUGCUGAUUUACAAAGUUCCUGUUACUAAACUUCAUCCCUUCAGCAGUUCCCAGUCAUAUUAUGUUGGUAAUUAGAUUCAGGGCAUCUAAGUAGGACACUGACUGAAGUAAUCCAGAGUUUGCAUCCACUGCACCUAAUCUGAGAAUUUUUAAAAACCUAGUAGUGGAACACUGGGGACUCAAUAACUAAGUGACAUUGCAGCUGUUAGUGUGUCGUAUUGCCAGUUGGUUCACUGGUCUCCUUCAGGAAAGGACAUCUGCUGUUCUUACCUGGUUUGACCUGGCCCCAUGUUACUCCAGACCCACAGCAAUGGCGCUGUCUCCUAACCAGCCUCUGAAAAGACCCGAAUGAGCCCCUCAAUCAGAUCAAAGCUGCAAUCAAGAAUAACCAAAGUCUGCCAUGCUUUGUCAAAACAAAUCUUCAGAUUUUUCACACUUCACAUAACAAAAGAAUCCGUCGAGAUCACAUUGUGCAAAUAAAAUGUUUCUCUGUGAAUUUCUCAGGCAGGAGAUUUAGAUUAGAGCAAAGAGAAAUCCUGCAGAGUACCACUGUUUGCACCCUUUAUCUAUUCCCCAUCAAUUAUUGUUACUUAGUU